AUGGCACGAGGGCACGGUGCGAUGGAGAGGCUGCGAGCUGACCUCUUGCGGCGGGCUCGAAACGAAAGACGAACAAGCGAGCAUGUUGAGCGGGAUAUUGGCGUGGCACAGAUGAAUACAGCGGCAGAGGCAUCGACAUCACGGCAGAGAGCCAUCCUGGACAGGAUACCUUCUUUCCCGCCACGGCCUUCACAGCAAACUACAAACGACGAUGGCCCAAAAUCCCCAGAAGAGCCCCCACGACGACUUACAUUCACCUCGUCGAGAUACAGCGAGUCCGGGCACCCUCCGAGUUCUUUGCCAUCGCCAAUUCCAAUGGCAUCGUUGGAGGCGCAGCGGCCAUUACCCCCCGAGCCCGUGGCCUCGACAGCACCACCGAGAGAUUCGCUCAGUCACCUUGGAUACGGCAACACCCCCCCCGAGCGGCCGAUGAUAGUCGCCAUCAGCUCCGAGGAUCAGCAGCAGCCGCCAUCCCAGGACGCCGGCAGCCGAGACAGCAGAAAGCCGCACCCCAGGAAGUUCAUGUUCUGCUUCCCGUGGGUAAAGUCGCGCCACGUCCGCUCCCAGAUCCUGACAUGUUUCGUGUCGGGCAUGUUUCUGGCCACGCUCCUCGCCGUCUGUAAGUAG